AUAACAUUCAUAACAUCUAUAUUUUCGUCUGCACGGUGAAGAGCAUUGCUGUCUCAAGAUUUUCUCUCCUAGCUUGACCACAUUUUACUUUCGGGGUUAUUUUGGCGGCACAAGUGGAGGAUGUGGUCUGACCAGGAGCUGGUGGAGGUGCUCCGUAGCAGCGUGCCGUACUACCUGGUGGUGGCACUGCCGCUGCUCAUCCUUCUGUCCCCAGUGCCGGUAGACGCCGCAGCAGAGUUUACUGUCUACCGUCUACAGCAGUAUGACCUCCAUGGGUCUCCUCAUGGUAGUCGGAGCAGCUUAGUUAAUGUCGAAGCUCGGAGUCUAGACGCAAACACUGUAGCGCGGCGGUGUGUGCUGGCGCGGCUGGCUGACCUCACCCCAUCCCACUACCAGAGGGUGGUCAGCCAAGGUGCCGCAGCUCUACUAAUUCUCUUGCCAGUAAACUUGACUGCUUUCUCUGAGGAUCAGCGCCAGGGAUUUAUAAUGUUGCAGUUGGUUCAUGAUGUUGAAGCAUCCAUGUUGGAUGCAGACUCCCAGCUAGCAGUCUAUGUGGCAUAUGAGACGCAGGAGCUACUUGAUAUAUAUGAAUCUGUUCGAACAGCUACAAAUACCGAUGCUGUGACAUCAGCUGCAGCUGCCAUGAUGAGCUCCCUGUCUACAGAUGGGUACCAGAUAGUGGUUGGAGGGAGCCAGUCCAAGCUAUUGGCAGAUAUGACCAUUGCUAAUGUCCAAGGUAAACUUAGUGGCUAUGGUGUGGAAGAGCAGUUACCAACAAUUGCAAUUGUGGCCCACUAUGAUGCCUUUGGGGCUGCUCCAGAACUCUCUUGGGGAGCUGACAGCAAUGGCUCUGGUGUAGUAAUCUUGCUAGAGCUAGCUCGCAUCCUUUCACGGCUCUAUGCUUCACCACGGACUCAUCCUCGUCUCAAUCUGGCUUUCCUGCUUUCGGGAGGUGGUUAUAUUAACUACCAGGGAUCGAAGCGGUUUUUAGAAGACCAUCUAGAUGCUUCUGAUUCUCCACUGCUCUCUGAGACUUAUUACACACUGUGUCUGGAUACAUUAGGGAGUGGAAACACACUAAGGCUUCAUGUGUCCAAGCGACCCAAGGAAACUUCCCCUGGUUAUCACUUCUUCCAGGCCUUGGAGGAGGCAGGAGCAGCAGCAGGAGUCAGUGUGGAGAUGGUGCAUCGGAAGAUUAAUCUUCAGGAGGAUACUCAGGCUUGGGAACAUGAAAAGUACAGCAUGCGUAGACUUCCAGCCUUCACUCUGUCAAGGCUUUCAGGACCCAAAACGGGGGAGCGUGGAAGCAUUUUAGACACACCAGAAAAUGUUGAUUUAACAGUUCUAACUCGUAACACAAUGGUAGUGGCCACAGCACUUCUUCGACACAUCUAUAACACAUCAGUAGAUGGAAUCUUUGACAAUGGUUUGGCUGUAACUAAGAAGAGCAUAAAGUCGUGGCUGGACCUGUUGACGUCACAACCACGAUCUCCUCAGCUUCUUUCAGGGAAGAAUAACCCAUUUGUGUCUACACUGCAUCAGAUUCUCACAAGGUAUACGAAUGAAGCUCGUAUUACCUUCCUGAAGGCUGAUAAGAGAGAUCCUGAAUGGGCCUUCUAUGAUGUCACCCGUGCCACUAUGGCUGCCUAUGCUGUCAAACCCGCUGCUUUUGAUUUCCUGCUUACGAUGGCUAUCCUAGCGUAUUUGGGUGUAAUUUAUGUGUUUCUUCAGUAUUUCCCCAAGUUGUAUACGAUGAUGGUCAGGCUUGCUUCUCCCCAGAAGUCCAAGGCACACUAGUUUCCUAGGGACUCGAUGAAGUGUAUAUUGUAUCCUGCAUAAUAUUCCCAUAGCUUGAAUCAACCUUGAAAAAUGCAGUCAGUAUUUUGUAAAAUACCAUCAUCUACUGAUAACAUGACAGUUAGUGUAAUUUCAUAUUUCUGUACAUUGAUAACCAGUACAGUCUGUGUGGCUGUUAGUGCACUGUUUUCACUUGUUGAAACUGGACCCCAUUACCAGUGCCUCUAACUGGAUCUGACCUCGGAUCUUUUCUUGAUAUUCGUUUAUACUGAAAGUUAUUGUGAACACUAUAGUUACAAUAAAUACUUCAGAGACUUAUCAGGGUAUAGCAACUACUAAAGAUAAUCCUCAUUUAAGCUGUGAAUUAUCUGAGGAAACUGGUAAUCUUUAAUUGAAUUGCAUUUUGCAAUCUAUGUUUAAUAGUAACCAUAAGCAGUCUCUAUUUUUUCUUAUUUCUUUAUUAUACUAUCUCGAAUUGGGAAACGAAUUAACUGAGAACUUUUAUAAAAAGUUUGAAACUUUUUAUGCAAUAUAUAUACAUAAUUUGUUUGCCACAUUGCUCGGGAUAUCAAUUAUCCAGGAAUACAAGAUGUACUGUAUUUAUGGAUGAGAAUACAUCAUAAUAAUCAUUGUUAUCUGUGGCUCGAGUUUAGCAGACAGACUGAUUUUUAUAAACAGAAAUUCGGUAUGAUUACCGAGACAAUGCAAGUUUUUUUUUUUGUUUUCUCCAGUUUGUUUUUAUAUUAAGUUUAAAAUUUUCUCUAUCUCCUAAUAUCUUUGCUGGAUUUUCCCCCAUUCUAUGUGGUGACUAAUAGAACCAAUACUGUGUGGUGACCAAACCUGUGCACUGUAAAUAGACCGGUUUUUUUUUCUUUGCAAGUGUUAAUAGAGGCUUUAUGUACAGUAAUUGAAUUUUUGGUCACCAUAAUUGAAUUUUUGGUCUUAAAGGGUGCAGUAAAAAAGUCUCGGUUACAUGACGGUAAGUAAAACCUUUUACCAGAAAAUGUUGAAAUGUAGUAUUUUUCUUAUGAGAAUUACAUUACUAGUACUUCUAGGUUGUAUUUGCUAGAUUCUCAGUUUGAAGAAAUGUACUAACAUCUGUGUACUGUGUAGAUUUGAUGGAGUCUUCUCUACUAUUGCUAAUAACUUCAUGCUUAGGAAAGUGCAGCUCUGUUUUGUGGGAACUGCAUUAUAAUUUUCAACAUUCUUGGUUUGUGCAUUCAUAUAUUGUUCAGUAUGUUCCUAUAAUUUAAGUCAUUGCUUACACUUGUAUGGGAAUGCUGAUGCACAAGUUCUCAAAACUAUAUUAAUUCUAACAAUCCAAGACUUGUUUGUAUACAUGUUAAGUAUAUAAACUUCAGUUCACAUACAAAAAAAUAAAAUUACAGAUUCCCUUAAUAUUGGCAAGUGAAAUGCAUUUGGCUGUGAGAAGUAAAAAUAAGUACUAGUAAAGCCAGAAAAAGAAUUAGGAAAAAACCAAUAUACCAUAUAUGUUUUCUUGGCUUGUUCUUUGCUCUUCCAACAUUCUCAAGUACAAUGUACUUAAAUAUCUUUGAAUGCCGCAGGGACUAUCCACUAGCAGUGCAGAAUUACCCAAUGGUUCCUGGCCUAGGGCCACACUGCAGCAAUAACUACACAUUGUAAUCACCUUUUAAACUCAUACGGAAGCAACACAUGUUAAAUAUAUUAGAUAAAUCAUUGUGUUGUGUAUGUGGGUUUUUUUAAAUCUGAAUAUUGGGGAGUUAGGUGCCUGUUUACAAUCAUAUUAUUUAUGAAUUUAAAACAUGCUGCAGCAAAUUAGAAACAUAUAUUGAAGGGUUAAUUAAAUAAUUGAGAAUUAUUUAUUAGAGAGACGAGUAGUGAAAAUUUCUUCAGUGACAUAUUUCAUAAUAUGCAAGAAUGGCCUUCUGUGGCAGUUAAAUAAGACAUUAAUUUAUUUAUGGGACUUUUGUUUAGUGAGUGAGCACAUGAAAUAGUUGAUUGUGUUCAGUUUUCAUGUGAUAAAAAAUUACAGUUGCCAAACAGUUCUCAUCUGUACAUAAUCUGACUUGGAAAUGAAUAUUUCUUCCAGUAAAUGUGUUUUAUAACAAAAAUCAUUAUGCUGUACUGAAAAAAAAAGGUUUUGUAUUUAAAGUGUUCUUCAGUCUUUGGAAGAAGCACACAUUAACAUUGUUCUAUUCUAUGCAUGACAGACCACUUCUAAUCUUCUCAUUGCAGACUUAGUUUUCAGGAGGGGCCAAGUACAAAUUGAUGUGCUUAGUCAGAUGCACAAGGCUCGGAAAAGUCGGCCAUCUUUUAUUUGAAUGUUUGGGGGGCCUUACUGUUUUUGUAGGUGUUUUCUUUUUUUUUCUGUAACAAAAGCCUGUAAUUGUUACAUGCAAUGCUGAUCACAUAAUAUGCAAAAUUUGGUCAUACAGUAGCUUACCUGCAAAAUCGGUUUCUAAGGUAUCUUGAUUUUCUUCACGUUAUGACCUUAACUUUAAGACAUUAGAAUAACGUUACAAAAUGAAGAGAUUAUCCUAGUGGGACACUCACUGUUAUGAGUCAUUAGUAGUAUCUAGGGGGCUGUGAGCAUUGCCUUCUGUGGCUUCUGUACCUUAUUUUUGUGUGUACCAGAAAACUAACGUUACUGUAAUAUACUUUUUCUAAUUGCUAUGCUUCCUAUGGUGUGAUCAUCUGUAUUCUUAUACAGUAGAAUAAUCAGUAUAUUUCUAAGUAUUGAUACUUCCCUAAGGCUCCAGUUUGUCUUGUAAAUAUUACUUUAAGCAAUAAAGAUUAUUUACAUGAAUAAAAUGAAAAUGAUUUUUGUCAGAGGCUUUGUUAUGUUUGUAAAAUUUACUCUCCAAUUCUUUUAUUAAUAAAAUAAUAUCCAUGAGGAUUUA